AGGAGGUGAAGAGUUCAGCAGCAGUCUCCUCACGGCAGCGCACUGGACGAACCUCUGACGCUCUGCAUUCCGUAACUUUAACCCUUCAACUCCCACCGUGGCUUCAACUCCGCAGCAGGACUCGCUGCACUCGGAUGUGUUUUCUCAGGCUCUCGAGGUGUUGGCUGGACUAUACGUCAGUUUGAAUACGCAGAGGGAUACGGUCCCAAACUGGAUCCAGGCAUGUCUUUGAGGAGCGAUAAUUCAAAGGAGGAGCCUCCGUUUUUUGCUGAGGAGGAGGAUUGGACCCACCAUACACAAGGCCAGUCUGUCCUGGAUAGGCGUUCAGACCUGGACCUGAUAUUUUUGGAGCUUGAGGCUAACAUCAUUUAUUUUGUGAAACAUGAACUUAAAAGACACAAGAAAUUUCUGAGUUCAGAUUACUUGGGGGGUCCAGGGGAGGAAGAGCCGAUGCUGGAUGAUUCCAGCAGAGAGGCAUUUCUGAAGAUCACGCUGAACUUCCUGAAGAUAAAACAUGUGCAGCUGGCAGACUGUCUCCACAGCAGAACUGUUGCUGCCGGUUGCCAGCGUGAACUCAAAUCUACUCUGAAGGAAAACUUCCGCUAUUCAUUUGAGGGCACCGGAAAAAGCAGGGACCCAACUCCUCUGAAUCUGAUCUACACAGAGCUGCACAUCACAGAGGGAGAGGAUGGGGAGAUCAGCUCUAAGCACGAGGCCAGACAGAUUGAAGUUGCAUCGAGGAAACAAAUCCAAAAAGAAACUACAAUAAGUUGCAAAGAAAUAUUUAAACCCUCACCCGGAUCAUUCCAACCAGUCAAGACGGUGAUGAUGAAGGGGGUGGCUGGCAUUGGUAAGACGGUCCUUACACAGAAAUACACUCUGGACUGGGCUGAAGGCAAAACCAACCAGGACAUAGACUUCACAUUCCCAUUCACUUUCAGAGAGCUCAACGUGCUAAAAGACAAGCGCUACAGUUUAGUGAAGCUUAUCCAUGACCACUUUAUUAAAGUCAAGGAACCAGGAAUCUGCAGGUUUGAAGAGUUUAAUGUUCUGUUUAUCUUCGAUGGUUUGGACGAGUGUCGACUUCCCCUCGAUUUCAAAGGCAACGAGAUCCUGAGUGACGCCUCGGAGGUGACCACAGUGGAUGUGCUGCUGACAAACCUCAUCAGGGGGAAACUGCUCCCCUCUGCUCACAUCUGGAUGACCACGCGACCAGCAGCGGCCGGUCUGAUCCCGUCAGAUCUGGUUAACGUGAUCACAGAGGUGAGAGGCUUUAGUGACCCACAGAAAGAGGAGUACUUCAGGAAGAGAUUCCCAGAGGAGAAGCUGGCUGAACGAAUAGUUUCCCACAUCAAGACGUCCCGAAGCCUCCAUGUCAUGUGUCACAUCCCAGUGUUCUGCUGGAUCAUUGCAACAGUUCUGGAAGAGGCGCUGAAAAGCAAAGAAGAAGCAGAGCUGCCCAAAACGCUGACUGAGAUGUACAUUCACUUCCUGGUGGUUCAGGCCAAACUGACAAACAUCAAGUACCUUGGAGGAGCGGAAACAGAUCCUCACUGGAAUCCAGAAAACAAGAACACGAUUCUGUCUCUUGGAAAACUUGCGUUUGAGCAGCUGAGAAAAGGCAACUUGAUUUUCUAUGACUCAGACCUGACAGAGUGCGGCAUCGAUGUCAGAGCGGCCUCCGUGUACUCAGGCGUGUUCACACAGAUCUUUAGAGAAGAGAGUGGGCUGUACCAGGAGAAGGUCUUCUGCUUCAUCCAUUUGAGCGUUCAGGAGUUCUUGGCUGCUCUUUACGUCCAUCUGACAUUCAUUAACUCUGGAGUCAAUCUGCUGUCAGAAGAACAGCUGGUUUUCAAGACGUCCACAACAAGAAGUGCCGAAUCUGCAGUGACACACUUCUACCAGAAUGCAGUGGACGAGACUUUGCUGAGUCCAAACGGACACUUGGACUUGUUCCUGCGCCUUCUUCUCGGCCUCUCGCUAGAAAAGAACCAGAUUCUGCUUCGAGGUCUGCAGACACACAUAGAAAGUGGCCUGCAGACACAGCAGAGGAAUAUCAGAUACAUCAAGAGGAAGAUUGAGGAGAUUCCCUCAGCAGAGAGGAGCAUCGUUCUGUUUCACUGUCUGAACGAGCUGAACGAUCAGACUUUGGUAGCAGAGAUCCAGGGGUUCCUGAGUUCAGGGAACAUCUCCAGUAGGAACCUCUCUCCUGCUCAGUGGGCGGCUCUGGUCUUCAUCUUGCUGACAUCAGACAAAGAACUGGAUGUGUUUGACCUCAGCAAAUAUUCAGCUUCAGAAGAUGCUCUACUGAAGCUGCUGCCAGUGGUCAAAGCCUCCAGAAAAGCUCAGCUGAGUGGCUGUAAUCUGUCAGACAGAAGCUGUGAAGCUCUGUCCUCAGUCCUCAGCUCUAAGUCAUCCAGCCUGAGAGAACUGGACCUGAGCAACAACGACCUGCAGGACUCAGGAGUGAAGCUUCUGACCAUUGGAUUGAUGAGUCCUCACUGUGCACUGGAAACUCUUAGGCUGAGUCUAUGUAACCUCUCAGCAAGAAGCUGUGAAACUCUGUGCUCAGUUCUCAGCUCAGAGAUCUGCAGCCUGAGAGAGCUGGACUUGAGCAACAACAACCUUGAGGACUCAGGAGUGAAGCUUCUCUCUGCUGGACUGAAGACUUGUGCUCUGGAAACUCUGCGGCUUUCAGGUUGUCUGAUCACAGAGAAAGGGUUUGAAUCUCUGGCCUCAGCUCUGAGCUCCAAUCCUUCCCAUCUGAGAGAGCUGGACCUCAGCUACAAUCAUCCAGGAGAGACGGGGGUGAAGGUGCUGCUUGCUGGACUGGAGGAUCCAAGCUGGCAGCUGGACACGCUGAGGUUGGAGCCUUGUGGUGUCCAGUGGUUGAAACCAGGUCUGAGGAAGUAUUUCUGUGAACUCACUCUGGACCCAAACACAGCAAACAGAAACCUCAUCCUGUCCGACAACAACAGAAAGGUGGCGUGGACCAUAAAAGACCUGUCGUACCCGGAUCACCCAGACAGAUUUGACUACUGCUGUCAGCUGCUGUGUGCUGAUGGUCUGACUGGCCGCUCUUACUGGGAGGUGGAGUGGGAAGGAGAGGAUCUGAUAUCAGUGAGCUAUGAAGGAAUCAAGAGGAAAGGCGGAGUAGCCGACAGCAGGUUUGGAGGAAAUGAGCAGUCGUGGAGUCUGUGCUGCUCUGCUGGUGGUUACUCUGUGUGGCACAACAACAGAGAGAUCGUCCUCCACUCCUCCACCUGCUCAGAUUCCAACAGAGUGGCAGUGUAUGUGGACCACGCUGCCGGCACGCUGUCCUUCUACACGGUGUCCUCUGACAUGCUGAGCCACCUCUACACCUUCCACUGCUCAUUCACUGAGCCUCUCUACCCCGGCUUUGGCUUCCUGUUUGGUUUCAGGGUCUGCUCAGGCUUUUCCCUGGCUCUGUGUUCAGCCUAAUCUGUGAACACCUUCACACGGACCACUUUCAUAGACUCUUCUGGAUCAGUGAAGGUGUGCUCUGGUAUCUGGCACCAAGAUGUUAGCACCCGAUCCUUUAAGUAAGCUGUGAGGUCAGACGUAUACUGUACUGUAGGUGGCAUGUGUUAAAGUUGGAUGGUAGCAACGCACAUGCACCCGGCACUCCAUGGGAUGUAAGAGACUGUGCGUAUGAAGGGUCUUGUUCAUCCAGUUCAAACGUCUACACAAUUAUCGGUUACGUUGUUGUAUGUAAAGAUCAGUCAUUUUCAAAUAUUCAACCUAACAUCUAAUUAUACAGACUGCAACUCAGAAUUAAAAAUCACAGCUAAGUCGUUCAAGUGGAUAAUAUCAUGCUUGAUGUGGUCAGCAGAGACUGAUUGAAUGAACCAACAACAUAGUUUACUCAUGAUUUAACAGUAGAAAACACUACACAAAGUAGCACAGUCUCUAAAUGAAUUGGAAUUAGACAGGAAAGAACUGUUAGGCAUAUAUAUACUGUUUAGGCAUCAAGUUUGAUUAACUGUAGUUUAAAGCUUUGGUACAAAAUUUGAAAGCAAGACUAUAAUGACAGUCUUAAAAUAGUGUCUUAAACUAUUCUCUAUGGGCAAACAAAAGCCAAACACCACGAGGAGCAAGUGGGGGCCACUGAUCACUAACUGAUAAGACUCUUAAAAUUAUUGACAGCUGGCAAGCCAGAUGCUUACUGAGACUGUCCACCACAUUUAAGUCCAGCAUUUAUUCAAGAAGCAAACCAUGGUGCGACAGAAAUGACUUCUAAUGUGUAAUAAAGCACAGAACAACAUUUAUCCAGCAAAGGCAGGGCUGCUUCCAUAGUGAUCUUAAACAAUCCAAUAUUUAACAAGUUCUAUAGGACAGAAUAAAUACACUGAUUUAUAAAUUCCUGUACAGACAAUGGCAGAUGUAGCAUUUGAGAAGGUACAGUCAAGAAAAAUAAGCUUAAUUACAGUUAAAAGGAUCAAAGAACCAGGACUAAAAGAGAGGUUUAGAGAAUCUUCUUGGUUACAUCAGAUGCUGCUCAUGCUCCAAACAAU